GUCCCUGGUAUAACUGUUGUCAUAUUCCAACCGAAACACAAUCUCUUCUUCUUCACGCUUCAGACUUCAGAGGCCCUUUGGCUCCAGGUCGCCGAGUGCAAAUCUGCAGGAAACAAAAUUUAAAAUAGAAAUAGAAAAUAAAUAAAAGCGCGCACCUCUUUACUGUUCUUUCUUCGAUCUGUGGGACGUUGUAUCUGUAAGGGAAGAAUCAUGUCGGCUUCGAAGGAGGAUGAUAUCUCAUCUCAUUCUCAGCUGCCAUCUCAUGUUUUCAAUGAACUUCUUGAUUCCAUUAUCGUUGAUGUUGCAUCUGAAUGUCACCGAAUAGCAAGACUGGGACUUGACCGCAAUCUGGACGAAGUGGAGGAAGAGCUGCAUUUGUCAACGCAGGCUCGGGCCAGGGUUGCUGAUCCAAGCAAUAGUGGUGAAGCAAGUAGUAAAUAUGUUGUAGAUAUAUUUGGACAAAACCACCCUCCAGUGGCUGAUGAAGUAUUUGACUGUAUGAACUGUGGCCGAUCUGUUAUGGCUGGACGGUUUGCUCCCCAUUUGGAGAAAUGCAUGGGGAAGGGUAGGAAGGCUCGUCAAAAGGCAACAAGAAGCAGCACUGCUGCACAGAAUCGGUACUCGCGAGGAAGCCCUGUUGCUGCCUACUCAAAUUCCACCGGCAUGAGCCGAUUGUCGAAUGGGAGUUCGGGUGUUGCAGGUGAUGUGUACACAAAUGGCACAACAGAAGAGCCUUGAUCUGACCUAAGUUGAGCAAUGCAAGCUGACAGAUCUAAUCCAAACCAGAGGGAGUAAAAAAGGGAACCAUAGCUUAGACCCCAAUUAAACAGGCAAGUGAAUUUUUCCUGUAUUACCUUAAAAAUUAGGUUAAUAACAAGGUAAUUUGUGUUCCAACAAUAUGCAACAUAACCAAGGUUUUGAAAGAAUUUGUCACAAGAACAUAA